AUGGCUGGCAACGGAGAGUCCAAUGGCCAUACCACUGGCACCGGCCAGGAGAAGAUCAACACCGAUAUCAUCACCCUCACAAGAUUCCUCACGGAAGAGCAGGCCAAACACAAGGAAGCCACUGGUGAUUUCACGCUGCUCUGCCACGCUCUCCAGUUCUCCUUCAAGUCCAUUGCCUACUACAUCCGACGAGCUACUCUGAUCAAUCUAACCGGUCUGGCCGGUUCAUCCAACAUCACGGGAGAUGACCAAAAGAAACUCGACGUGAUUGGAAAUGACCUGUUUAUAGCUGCCAUGCGAGGCUCCGGCCGUUGCAGGGCUCUGAUCUCGGAGGAGGUGGAUGAAAUCAUAUACUUUGACGAACACCCCAAUGCCCGCUAUGUGGUUGCAUGCGACCCCAUUGACGGAUCAAGCAAUCUGGAUGCUGGUGUCAGCGUCGGUACCAUCUUUGGCAUCAUGAAGCUCCCCGACAGCGUGAUUGGAUCUAAACCCAAGCCGGAAGAUCUGCAAAUGCCUGGAACCGAACUGCUUGCUGCUGGAUUCACCAUGUACGGCGCCUCGACCCAGUUGGUCAUCACCUUGAAGGGUGGCACGGUCAACGGUUUCACCAUGGACAACGCCCUCGGCGAGUUCAUCCUCACCCACCCCAACAUGCGCAUCCCCAAGAAACGAGGCAUUUAUAGCGUCAACGAGGGCAACUCGUUGUACUGGUCAGACAAGACAAAGGCAUACUUUGAGUCUCUGAAAUACCCCAAGGAGGAAGGCGGCAAGCCCUACUCGUCACGUUACAUCGGCUCCAUGGUCGCCGACGCUUACCGGACCCUGCUGUACGGCGGCAUCUUCGCAUAUCCCGCAGACAAGAAGUCGCCCAAGGGCAAACUGCGGAUUCUGUACGAAUGCGCGCCCAUGGCCCUGGUCAUGGAAAACGCAGGCGGCCAGGCCAUCGAUAGCCACAUGCAGAGAAUGUUGGAGGUCCAGCCCAAAGGCAUCCAUGACCGGUCUGGUAUCUUCAUGGGCAGCCACGAUGAGGUGGAGAAGGUCAUUGCUGCGCACAAAUAG